ACUUCCAGUUUCCUGCCUGUUUCGGAGAGGCAGACAUGGCGUCGGGCCUGUCCCGUGUUGUUAUACUGGCGUUGUGUGUUCUCCUGCCUUUAUAUGUAUCCGGUGAGUAUAUUUUUGAAACUCUUAUUGGUCUCUCUCGCCUCUAUCAUCGCUUUUGUUCUUGUUUAAUGUAGCGCUCGUGUUGCCGAGUGUUUUAAUACUUAACAGUUAGCUCAGAGGUUACGUUAGCUAGUUACGGGGGCCCGAAGUGACCAAAUUCAGGGCGAUGUCAUCGACUGUAUUUUCAGGAAUUUAAUGUUGGCGAACUUAACUAAGUGAGGCCAGUUCCAAUGUUUUAUCAACUGAAUGUAACCAUUAGUCUACAAAAGACUGUUAACAAUUACCACCAGAAGCUACCCUGGGAGAUGACUCAAGCCGUUGUUAUUACAUUCAACGUUUUAGUUCAACGAGCUUCUUCAUACAAAAACAGAUAAAAAUCAGUUAAGAUAAAAGAACACCUAAUUGGAAGAAUCCCUAUUUCUUUGGGAACAUAAUUAAAAACAUCCUCAGUAACUAUAGUUAUGGCUGUAAUAGGUUAUAAACAGAUUAUUUGUGUAGCACUAACCCAAAUCAUCACUUAACAUUAAAAUACUCACUAAUAUACAUUAAUCAGCUACAACAUUAUGAACAACGGGACAAUUCAAUACAAUAUAAUCAAAAACAACAGCUCUACUAACAGGUCUGCUUUCAGGAAGUUUCUAAAUUUUAAUUUUUCUAUAUGAAAAGACAGGUGAUUAUUAUAAUGUGCUAAUGCUGCGUUACAGUUACCUCGGAAGUCAGAAGUCCAAGCUGAAAAUGACGUCACACCCGCGUUACCAGCGUUUCAGUUACCAAGUCGGAAAAAAAACAAAAUCAGAGGCGUAAACAAGAUGGCUACAUCUACGAAAGUCAUUUCAGUGCUUGCCUUGUCCUGAUAUAAGCAAGGACAAUGCAAGCGCUAAAAUGACUUUCGUAGAUGUAGCCAUCUUGUUUCCACCUCCAAUUUUGCUUUUUUCUGACUUGGAAACAAGAUUAUUUUAGCACCUGCCUUGUCUGGACAUAAGCAAGGACAAUGCAAGCGCUAAAAUAAUUUUGUAGAUCUAGCCAUCUUGUUUCCGCAUCCAGUUUUGUUUUUUGUUUUUCCAACUUGGUUACUGAAAUGCUGGUAACUUGGGUGUGAAAAUGACGCCACAUCCGAGUUACCAGUUUCAGUUACCAAGUCGGAAAAAAGCAAAAUUGGAGGCGGAAACAAGAUAGCUACAUCAUACACGAAAGUCAUUUUAGUGCUUGCCUGGUCUGGAUAUAAGCAACGACUGUGCAAGCGCUAAAAUAACCUUCGUAGAUGUAGCCAUCUUGUUUCCACCCCCGGUUUUGCUUUUUUCCGACUUGGUAACUGAAACGCUGGUAACUUGUGUGAAAUGACACCACAUCCGAGUUGCCAGUUACCAGUUUCAGUUAUCAAGUCGGAAAAAAAGCAAAACUGGAGGAAGGAACAAGAUGGCUACAUCUACGAAAGUCAUUUUAGCGCUUGCCUUGUCCGAAUAUAAGCUUGUAACUCGGGUGUGACGUCAUUUUCAGCUCGGACUUCUGACUCGAAUGCAGCAUUAGUAUUGGGUGGGUACUGGAGUGUGUUUAUUGAAAAGUGUUCUUAUAUUUUGCCCAUUUCAUUAACAAACACAAGAAGGGCAAAAUGAUCUUAGGAAUUAGGACCAUCUUUCAAUACAAAGCACUCCUAUUUCAACAGUUUACACUCACUUCAACCACAAUUAAUUCAAACAACUAUUAUCCCCUGUCUGACCAGGUGCACAAAUAUAAAAAAUGUAGAAGCUUGAUUAAAGGUAGACUUGACAUUGCUGCUGUUCUGUUGGGUCAUAUUAGAUUGCCCAUGUGUUUUUGAUUUAUGGCUGAUUGGUGUGUGUUCGCAAGCCGACUUCAAGGAACCGAGAAAGCAGACUUGGAGAAAUGGAUGACCUAAAAAAUAACAGUUUUAGCUUUACUAGACCACCUGAUAUCUAGAUCAUCCAGUUAAAAUCUGGUCAGAAUAAUUAUUUCAAUCCUUUUUUUGGCUGUACAUGAAAGAAGAGAGAGUCAUACCUCCUCCCUCUCAUUAGUUAAACAGAUGAUUGACCUGACCUGAAUCAGACCAGACAGAAUUGAAUCUUGUAAACAAUAAUAUGAAACCCUUUUUUUGAUUUUUUUUUAACCUUUCAUGCCCCUCUAUUUCAUCUCUCUGCUCUUUUACAGCGGGAAGCCGGGACUGUGAGUCCUACAGAGAUCUAGCAGAUUCGUACCAGGCUUCCCAGAAAUGCUACACCGGAUUUUGCUGUGGAUCUUGCUACAACAGAUACUGCUGUCAGGAUACUUUCUGGAGACUUUCUGAAGACAAACAAGAAGAAUGGUAUGCUAUUGAUGAUAAUCAGUAAUAAAUGAUUAAGUCACUUUCACUUCUGGUCUCACUAGUGUGUGUGUGAGAGAAAUAUAUACAUGUAAAUGUUCAUGUAAGGGGACAAAACAGGAAUACUGAGAAGGGUUUCUCUCUUCAUCCUAGUAUAAUAAUCGCAGAGCUUUAAUUCAGUAUGCUUUUUUUAAACAAUGAUUAUGUAGAAAACAGGAAGCAGUGUGUGUGUGUUCCUGUGCUCGACCACCCUCUCGUAGCUGAUAUCUAAAACUGACAGCAGACUCUUCCUCCCACGCUGCCGGAUCGAAAAAUGAGUUCAGCUUACAGGUCUGUUAAUUUGUAAGCGAGGGAAACAUGUAGGGGUAUAUUAGCAAAACAGAAACCUCUUGUUGUAAUAGAUUAUGACGUGUCAGUCGUGUUGUAUUCGAUACUGUUUCUGGUGUAGUUAUGAGAUGUCGUGUAGCUUUCCUGUCUCCUAUCAGUACUUAUGAUUUAGUACCAAAAUAACUUUGUCUGACUGUUUUUUCUUCUUUGUUUCUAUUUCAGUGAUAGCCGCCAUGCAGCCUACGACUCUCCGUUUCCCAUGGUCGUCGGUAUUAGCGGGGUUGUCGUGAUUGUGCUCAUCUUCAUCUGCUGCUGUGUCUGUCCCUGCUGCUGCCUGUACAAGAUGUGCCGUAAACCAAGACGUAAGUCGCCAACAAACGAUGAUUAAUAUUAGAUAUUUGUACGCUGUGACUUCUGGAACCAAACUGGCAGACGGGCUGAGAGUUUAACUGCUGUGAUAUUAUAUUUACAGUAGCUGGUGUGUCAGGAGCUCAGUACAGGCUGUAAUUUGGUUUUAUUGAUUUAAGGAGCAGGCCAAGUGGGUGCAAAUAUCUCUUAAAUGUCUCUCAGUAGUCUUUGUAUUCAUUGGCAAGGAUUCCUCAUGAAGACCUUUUAUAAGUAGAUUUAAGAGUGCUGUUAGCUGACAGAAUGUGGACAGUCCAGCAUUACUUCCUGGUAUUUAUUGGUGCGCAAAAAUAUAGAAGUAUCGUUGGGUUUGGUGUUCAGACCUUUUGAGUUUUUUUAUGCUGUUCACGUCACGUUUGUUUUCCAUCUGUCCCCUGGAAUAUCUGACUGAAUCGUUGAUGAGUCAAAUCCUACAAAUUUUCCAUCCUGGAGCAAAGAGGGGCGGAGUUUCAAGAUAAAUAGAAACUAAAGAGCAGAUAGAAAGUGAAAGCGCAAACACUGACUUUUACUCUACAUCAUACCUCUAUCUCUAGAGUUACCUGAAAGAGGACAUCAUAUACAGACAAGGUGAACUGAUUCACAAACAGUUCAGUCGUAUGGAUGGAGAUUUCCUUGCUUUGCUCGUCCUUUAACAGCAAAGAAUAAUUAAAGCAGGGUAACAAAAAUGCUAUAACAUCCUCAUUUUGAACAUUUUUGGAGAUACUUUAGUAAGCAAAGUAGCAAAGUUUGUUGGAACUACUACCAGUAAUUCCUUGAAAUUAGCUUUAAAAAGGACAGUCAGUAUGAAAUGCUGUUAGUAACAUUUUCAGAUCUGUGUUUAUCGCCGAAGCUCAGGUCAAACUGACCCCAAAACACUGCAGACUGAACUCGUGCCUAAUUGACUUAGAGUAGGGUUGAGUGAUUUGAAACUUAAAAUAAUGGUCUAAUCCUCCUCACAGUAUGGUGGAAAUCACCUUAACCUAAGUAGAUAAGUGGAUUAACUGAUAGACAAUACAUCAGCAUUAGCACAUCAUGUUGUUUAGUGUUUGCUGUACAAUCUCUGAAGAAGGAAUGACUGAAACAUUCAGCAAAGAGGCCAGAGUAACAAAUGACCCACAUGGCAAAAGACUCAUGAUGAAUCACGGUCAAUUUAUGCUUCGGUUUUAAACUCUGAGUCAUGUAUUAACAGCAUGUAGCCACGCGACGCUGCUUCUGCAGUUUGCAACUGCUCUUGCAAUGUUUCCUUAAUGCAACCAACAGCCACAACUGCUCAGUCACAACUUCACAACCCACAGACAGCCAGAUUAUGUUUUUUUACGAACAAGUCAGACUCUUGGUUUCCAGUGUGUCGGAGUUUUUGUCUGUUGAGGUAAAACAGAACAUCAGGGGACUAAUUUCAGGAGGAUUGGCCCACCCACCACAUGACUUUCAUUACUGCAGUGGCUCAGUCUCUCUAAUAACACAGAGGUUAAGACACUGUCAGAACAAACUGGUUCAACAUUCCUCCAAUGCAAGUGUUUGUGUGACACUGUUCACAGUCGUAGCAGGUACUUUAGUAGAUGCACUCGCAGCUAUAAAGUCAUUCCUUUCUACACACUGUGCAAAGUUUCACUGCGCUUUUAUGUGGUGAGUUUGCGGUGAGCACUGCGUCCUGCAGAUUGGUUGAUCAGUUCAAUCAUCAGUGAUGAUUGCUGCUCAGAGUUCAUGCAAAAGUGCUGUUGCAGUCUCACCACCACAGAGAGCAAAGCCUCGCUUUAGUUUUGCAGCUGUUAACAGGUCAAGGCCUGUUUCUACACAGUGCCGUGGAUCAGAAAGCACAUAUAAUAAAAAAGGUUUUCUGUGCUCAAAAAUACUCUGCAGCCAUGUUUUUAUUUGUGAUGAUAUUUACAAAUAUUUUGUGGAUACCCAGAAAUAAUCCAGUUUAAUUCUGUUGAAUACGCCCCUAAAAACAACAGUCAGUCUCGCUAAUUUGAGUUUUUCCCACAUAAACAAAGGUCCUGCCACCAAAUACACUCUCUGAGUUGAAGCUGAAAAUAGUCCACACCAAAUACUGUUUGUUUUGGUUUGCCCAGGGUUUCCUAAAACAGCAGCUGCUGGGCUGUUUGAGUGAAGUAUUUGCCCUUUAAUAGAAAGAAAUAUGAUAUUUAUUUAUUUGUGCUUUAAGAGCCACCUGAAAGCUGUGUGCCUACUGCUGGGCACGACACUGACAAAAACAAACAUUAAACUUUCCCUCUUUUCGGAAACCAUUCAUGCUCUACUGACACAUGUUGGUCUCUUGUGCAUGUGGGGGAGGGAGAACAGAAGUGAGAAAAUGAAGGAAGCAAAUUCCUGACAUUUCUUAACAGCCACUAAAAUAAGUCUUUAUCUCCAUUACUGACCCCCUACGGGUCUACAAACUUGACAUGAAUCAAAGGGUUCAGCCUGAAGAACAACACCUGAUAAUUCAUGGAGUUGUUCCUCUGAUAUAACCAAAGCUCAGGAAAGUCUCGUCUACAGUAAAUCUGCAGCAGGGUUCCUCCAAAUAAUUACAAAGGUACCAGGAAGAUAGCUGACAUCACUGUAUCAGAUUGGCAAAAGACUUCUACUGAUGCAAAGAUAUAAUUGAUCAAUGUGAGAGAGAGGAAGGGCUGGGCGAUAAACUGAAAUUUACGACAAUAACCGAUGUCAUUUUGCUCAUAUCAGUGUAUUCGGUGUCAAAAUUAAAUAAAUAAAGUUGGUUUUGGAUGUGUGUAGGUAGGCUAUGGUUUCAUGUCCCUUUAAGACGCUGUUCUACAUCAGAGACGUGACUCAAACCCAUCCAGUCUGUAACAAAGAGGGACAGACGGGUGAGGAGAUGGAGGAAAGUUCAAAAGUUGUAGCGGCUGAAGUAGACGAAGUUAAUGUGGGAGGGGGUGAGCAGCUUAUGGAGUAGUUAUCGUCCAUUUAUCGUUAUCGAGGUGAACUGAUCAAUAUAUCGUGAUAUUGAUCUGAGGCCAUAUCGCCCAGCCCUAGAGAGAGGCCAUUAAAGCUUACUGAAAGUCAUGUUACAUUUUCAGAUACGACAGGGUGACUCUGGACAUUACGGUAGAUUUUGAUAAGCCAUUUCAACCAAAACAUUGCAAAUAAUCAAAUUCUGAUCGUUUUUCUUCCCUUGGUGGAACCAGGAGCUGCUCAUUUCUGGACCACAUUCAUUUGUCCUUAAAUGAGAAAUUCAGUAAAUGCUACAAAUUCUUUAAAUUUUACAAAUUCCACAAAUCUAUUGAUUUGGCAGCUCUACGACCGGGUUUUACCUCGGGGCCCGUUUCCUUCAUUCAAGCAGUUGACAUAAUAAAUUUUUACUUAAAAUAUAUCCUUUCUUUCAUUUUGCCAUCAACACUUUCCAAAACAGCUUAUAUUCGUUGUACACACAUACACAGAGGAAGACUGGGCAUUUGUAGCUGUGCACCUUGUUUUUCAUGCAGUCAGAGACAGACUCUGUUCAGGCCCUGCUCUCUGCUUUAUAACAGGGUGGGUCUGCUUUCACUUUGUGUCUCUUCAGCCCUCCUCUGUGCCUUCAGGACAUUAUUUCUACAGCCAGAUUUCCUCCUCUGCUCUGUCCACAGACAUGGUCUGUGGUGGCCUGCUUCUUUAAACCAAUUCCUCUGAACUUCUCCACAGCGUAGGAAAGCACCUGAGUUGUGUUGACACCUGAGUGACACGCUCUGUGGCAAUAACUACACACACGCACACACUUACACUUACAUUUCCUGUCAGCCUGCUCAGUUUUUUCACAGCUGCAUUUCUCUGGCAGAGAGCUUCAGUCUAACACACGAGCAGGAAUGUGGAUUCCACCAUGCGGGCUGUUGCAUGUUGGGAUCAUAUCCCGGAAUGUCAGAGCUCCACCCCGUGUGACUCACUGUUUCCACGACGACCACAGUGGGGAAAAUGCUAACUAUCCCACGUCAUUUACAGGAAGUGGUCAUGAUGUCUCCCACUUUGUUAGAGGGAAAAAAAAGAGCACAUGGUGAGGGGUGGUGACUAGCACAGAGAGACACACACACACACACACACCCAUGUGUAUUUUUUUCUUUGCACAGGGUGUUUUAAUUAUAGAGACAAUGCUCUCUCUCAGUUUCCCCCUACUUUCACAGUGGUCUGUACAUAAAAUGGAAACAUUGAGGUCAAUGGCUAGAGUUUAAUUUUAUAUUCACGUGUGGUUUUUCCUUUUUUCCUAGCUGUGUGAGUCUGUGAAACCUGAUUUUUCUUUAGGAUAAAUAACAUUCUGUCUUGAUAAAACAGAGCCCUGACUUUUACUGCUCUCUUAGUUCGUAUUGUUGUUGAGUCUCUUUGUAUCAGAGUAUUUACUUUAAAUAGAAAUAGUGAUUAAAUGCUUUGAAGAACAAGGAGCUUAGCCUUAAUCAGUCUGUUGUCCUGUAGGUCUUCUUUUGGCUGCAUAUGCUCUUAACAGUCUCCUUCCAAAAGCGAUAUGUCAGACGGUGCACAUUCAGGAAAGCAGAGCCCAGGACAAAGACAGCCUGUUCGCCUGUUUGACAUUUCUAAGAAGGAAAAUUCCUCGGUGGCUAGAUUAGGAACCCUCGAGUGUGACAAGAUAAAAACUGAGUUUGUCACCACAUUUUUGUAACUACCAUCUGCUGCUUCUGAUGUCUGCGUGUCAGGACUGGUGUGUGCAAACAUGAUGUAAAUGUGUGCAAAAUUGCAUGUUUCUCAAGUAUUUAGCACACAGUAUACGAGAAUUCACAACAGUUACUCUGCCAACCACAAAAAACUAUAAAACACAACAUUCAUAGUUUAUGGAUUACUCUAGAAAAAGGAAUGUGGAUGACUAGUUAGCUGCAUUAUAAUUCAAGAGCUCAUUGUAGCUGUUAGUUUACAAAAUCUGCUUUAUUAGAGUGAUCAUACGUCCUCUUUUACUGAGACAUGUCCUCUUUUUUGGGGGCUGUCCAGCCUGUCCGACUUUGUCUGGGGGAGUUUAUAAAAUCAUUUAAAUGUCUAGGGUUUUGUAUGGAAGUUUUGAGUUUUUGUCGCACAGACUUACUGAAUUAGAAGCGCAUAAAAAAACACUUGAUCCGACCUGAAAAACUCUCUGCCCCGGCGUAGUCGUAUCCUCAUUUUGGGGAUUAAUAAUACGGUCACUCUAACUUUGUGGCCCGAAAAUCUCCUGCAAUUUUCCUGCUCGGCCGUCCUCUUUGUGGUUCAUUGUCUUUCUUUAUUUAGUGGUAUGUAUGAACAAAUAAAUCAAUUAAAACAGCAUUUUAAAUUUUGUUUGGUUUCUAUUCAGCUUAAAACCGUACUUUCUCAAAAGUAUGUACUGUAAUGGAUUUGUAUUUGAAACAGAGUAGCCAUUAAUUAAAGUGAAAAUGAGAAUCUGGUCAGUCCCAGAGGACUAAUGUGAACAACAAACCAUAUUUAAAGUCUCUGUUUUCUCUUCCAGAGUACAAAAAAAAAAGGCUGAACGACUUGUUGCCUGUUGGCUCUAAAAGCUUUGUUUGUCGGGAUAAAUGCAGAAGUGUUGCACCAUAAUUAAGUUACAUAGAAAUAGCUUUUCUGUAUGUAAUCUGAACUUCCUUUUUUUUGUAAUGAAGCAAAAGAUUUGAGGUAAAUUACGUUUGUAGUGGUGAGAUUAAAUGGGCAGUUUAUGCUGCGAUGUGGUUGUUUCCCUUCAAAAUCAUCUCAAUUAAGACAAACUCAAAGUAAGGUCAUAUUUUCAUCCUCUUUCACAGUGUUACGUUUGUGUUUCCUGAAUCUUAAAUUCAACAAGAGCUCUGAUUGAACCACUAGCUCGUCAUGCUAGAGCUUGUUUUCUUAUACGAGUCUGCUAUUUUGCUUACAGCUGUGAUUGCUACUACGACUCACACCACGGUGGUCACCACCACCCCCCGCCAGUACCCCCAGCAGCCGACUGCAUCACCCACACCUCCUCAGACCUACCCGGGCUCUCAGUAUCCACCCUACCAGCCCGUCCCAGUCCAGCCAGGCUACGGGGCCCAGCCCAUGCCACAGGGUUACGGAACUCAGCCUAUGCCAGCGGCUUACCACGGGCAGCCGUUCACACCAGGACCACCACCAUCGUAUCAGGAAGCAAGUAAGUGUGGAUUCUUUUAUACUUCAGACACUAGAUGACACUCAGACACUAACUUGCUCUCUAAAAAGCCAGGAUGUUGAUUAGGGAUGUUCCAAAUACAACCUUUUGACUUCCAAACCAGUAUUUUUGGCUACCCAAGUUAUUAUAAGAAGCCUCAUCCACAUACAGGUUACCUGUUGGGGUAAAAGAAAAUUAGGGUCACCAUUAAGGGGCAGUCGUUAAAUACACUACAGACGUAAACUGUCAAAAGAUCAGACACAAAGAGGACAAAGACACGAGGCCGACAGAAGGAGGCGGGAUGGGACAUGCUGUUGUGUGUAAAAAUAGAGCAAAGCUGCAGGUGCCGAGUGUGUGAGCAUGUGGGAAAGAGAUAACAGAACUAAGAAAAUAAGCUGAUUAAAGUCGUCACACUCUAAAUAAGUCGAAAAACAACUACUACAGAAUGAGCGAAGCUAAUAAUGACGUUAAAAGAAGAGAGAUAGUGUCAUACAAUAUAAUGUUUUCCAGAUAUAAAGAAAAGUGGAGAAAAGAUAUUUGGUAUAAACCUAAGUUGCGAUCUUAUUGUCUCAUAAAGGACAGGUACACUGCUGAGCCUUAUGUGAAAUAUAAUUUAAGCUGAAGACAGCGAUCUCUAUGUGCACAAAUACUGUCAGGAACAUUUCCAUUAGCCCUGGAGACAGGCAGGUUUAAUGCCACCCCAGAGGAGGAGAGAUUCUGUAUGUUUUGUGAACUAGGUGAACUUGAAAAUGAGGUUCACUUUUUGUUUUACUGCGCUAAAUAUAUUGAUAUAAGAGAGGUAUUUGUUCGUAAAAUGUCUUCUGUCGAUGUUGAUUUCCUUGAAUGAAGUGAUUAUGAAAAACUUUAAGGGAGCCUUUAUUAUAGCAGACUAUAUUUGUCAAGCUUGGGAAACGGGACAAAACAUAUUAUAUGGCUAUGAGUUGUAAUUGGAUGUAAUGUAUUGUAAAGCAUGUUGUAAAGUGGAUUUGGUGUCUUAUCUAUCUAUCUAUCUAUUAGUUCUCGGCUGAUCAGUUUACAGAUUUAUAGAUUCAAUUAUCUCACACUUCAAGUAAAUACGAGAUAAUCUGUGGCUAAACGAAUGUUUCUUAAAAAUACCACACAGUAGCAGCUCAGGGACACAAAAGCAGUCAACAGAGUGGGGAAAAAAAAGAUGAAAACAGCAUCUGAAUGAUCAGGCUGCUCUGAUGAAAAACAUGAAAUCUAGGUGCACUUCUAAUGCUCACUGAAAGACUGAGAGGAGGUGUUGGUUCAGAGGUUUGCUGGGAAGGAUUUUGAAAGAGGGUUUUAAAGAGAAAGCGAAGAUUCUGCUGAUGCUGUUGAUACAUUUCAAAAUGGUGCUGAUCUUUUUUAAGUUCCUCUUUUGGCUAAAUUAAGAAAAUAAAACUUGCAGAUGUUAUGAUGACUCAAAAUGACCAUAAAAGUCUACAUAAAAUGAAUCGAAACUUAUUCAUCACUUCCCUGAUGACUUGAAAUAGUAACAAAUAGUACUUUGACUUGAAUUUCUUAAAUGCUCGACAGUGAAUCAACAGAUUUGAUCAUUUUUUGUUGUUGUUUUUAAGGACUAACCUUACUAUUACUCAGAGUUGCUCAUGUUAAAGUGUUCAUUUCAAAACACUAAAUUAACUGGCUUAACUGUGGCGUAAUGACAGAGUACAGUGGAGUUUUUAAAGCACAUAAUGCAACUUUGGGUCUUCCGCUGUGUUGCACUGUUGAUGGGGGUGGAGUAACCUCACGUCUGGAGUUUGUGCAACAGGAAAUGAUACAUUUUUGGUCAUUUUGUUCUCAGCUGAGUUUGUGGUUAAGUAUUUUUAACAUCUCCUCUUCUUCUUCUUGUGUUUUUUUUUUCCAGCUGGUCCUGCCUACCCUCCUAACCCGAUGCCUUACAGCCAGGCUGCGUUCAACCCCAGCCAGCCGCCGUACCCCCUGCAGCCGCCCGCCAAGACACAGGCCAACGCUCCUCCUGCAAGCACGGACUACCUCGCCCAGCCAGCAUACAACCCAGACUAUGUUUCACCACCACCCAAUACCGGAUAACUGCCUCCCCCCUCUUCCUCUUUCUCCUCCCUCCAGACCCCCAACGCUUCACUAUCAGCCACUUUAAACGUGCUGCAACAUUUUUGGACUUGGCAGAACUGGAAAUGUGUCUCACAAAUCAGGAGAGGAAAUCUUUCUCCUUUAAAUCUGGGAAGAGUGUGACUCAUUUGCAGUUUUUCGGGGAGCAGUGGUUCUGUUGAAAAGUUGCCAAGUGAAAAUGUUGAUACCUCUUCGCUCACAUUGCAUGGACUUAUGGUGUACAAGUGGCGUACAGUGUUCUUUUCUUUUUGAUAUUUCUUUGUGGCUUCAUCAUAGUUGAUUUUGAGAUAAAAAGACAUGAAACCACUGAGUCAGAUUUUACAGAGGAGAUGAAGUUUUUUUUUAUUUCACAUUUCUGGCCUCCUGAACGUGCCUCGGCAUCUCCACAUGUCUGCUCUCUCUGGCAUCUCUCAUCAAAGUGCUUUCAGACUUUUUUCAUGUUUUUUUCCCGGUGCCUUUUUACACAUAUAGUUUCUUAAAUAUGUGUUACACCCAAACAAAUAGACAGGGAGCAUGGACGCCUGGUUUGGUUUAUAAGUUAGGAAGAUAGAAUAGAAAUAAUCAACAUCUAAAGCUAGAUUAGUUACUUGCAUUCCUAUUAACCAGUUUGGUUAGGUACAUUUAUUCUGGAGAACUUGAGGGCUAAUUCAGAAAUCAUUCACCAUAUGACAUUACAAUUGCCGAAUAACAGGGAUACAUUUCCACUGUUUUAGCCGUCGUUGAAGCACCUAUGAUUGUCUAUUCACUGCCAUUCAAAGUUUAACAGUGAAAAUGUAAGUGGAGGAAUGGCCGAACACACAAAUAAAGGGAAAGUUUACAUUCGCCGCCUGAGCAUUCAUACAAAAAGGGAGAUUUUCUGUCGUUCUCAGUCUGUUUUUCAGUCAUCGUGUUUGUUUUUUCCUGCCAAACCGCAAGUGUAACUGGGCUGAAAUGCAUCGGCAGCUUUGAAUGAAACAACCAAAGGAUUUUUUUUUUCUUCCAACAAAUAUCACACAGUGGAGUCCUUGAAAAAACAAAAAAUACAAACCUCUAACUCUAUAAUGCAAGAAACAAGUGUGCCUUCAGUGUCUCUUAUCAAACUAACAUAUGCAUGACAUUUACAACACUUCGAUUCACUCUCCGGCAUUAACGUGUGGUGUUAGUUCUGUUUACUAUAUCAUCAAAAAUGCUUAAAUCCACCAUAACGCCAAGAAGUUCAACAUUCUUGUUGCCUUCCUUCUUUGAUUUUUGAAGUUACAACUCAAACUGUGUUGAAUGUUCUGAAUCUUCAUCGCCCUAAGUAGCCUGUAACAGCAGAAAAGCCAGGUUUAGAUAGUCUGUUGACGUAUUUGUGUUUAUUUUUAACUAAGAAGUCCACUAAGUUUUCUUUUUUCACUUCUGUCCUCCUGCAGCAGGGCCCAAACUUCUAUCCCUUUUGACUGAACUUGUUCAUUUUUUAAAAAAAAACUUCAGUUAACCUUUUUUUGUUUUUGUUUUUUUACGAUCAAACAGAGCCUGGAGAAGUAUAGUGAUUGCUAAUGUGACGUGACAGACGUUAAUCGUUUGAGCUGCACUAUUUGAACCUAUUUUGGAUUUGAAGUUGUGGUCAGAAACCCCCAAAAACCCGAGUGUUGAGCUUCAGUGUUUGGUACGGGUUUCAGGAUGACUUUCAGCCACAUCUAGGCCGUGGCGUACUUUAAUUUUCCUGUUGACAUGUAAACCACCUGUCAGCUCAUAUAAAGUUUGUGCAUUCAACUGUGUGAAUUGUCUGUGCACUUCAUUAUAGGCUUGCCUUUUUUCUGACUCCUCUCCCUAUAAAUGUGUUUGCCUGUCAUUUCAGUCCUUUGGCCAGUGUUCCUAAAGUCGACUUUAGUCCUAGUGUUUUUAUGUGGAUUGUAGCCAUUUGUGUUCUUGAUAAAAAAAAAAAGAAAUGCAUACCAGCAGAGAUUUAUUCUUGUUCCAUCUGUGUUUUUCGUCCAAGAAUAAUUGUCUUUGAUGCUACUUUAAGAAAAUAAUGUAUGUACAUGCUUUUUAUUUUAAAUAUGCACCACUUCUUCUGCAGAGUUCAAUAAAAAUAUAUUUUAUGUUCCUCAA